GGAUGGAACAAAUGGUGUUUGGUAUUUCCUGCACUGGACUGGGCAGACUGGAUCCAGGAAGGACAGAGAGACACUGAGGCAUAGACCACAUUUGCUACUGGAAUAGAGCAGGUGCAAUGGGAAAAACAAGUCCUCCUAGACCAAGGGUAAGUUUGAUUCUGAGUACUGAUGUGCUGCAUAAAGAACAACUAAUGAUACAGAGGACAAUGCGCAGUGUGUAUCCUGAUGACAUCUUUUGUGCUGUGACAUGGUUUUUGUCAUGGCAUCUGAGACUGAAAAGGCCCAUGCUCUCCUCCAGACUUUCAGCACAGCUUCAGUUAUUUCUAGUCUAGGUUUGGGGAUAUUCUGCUUUGUAGCAGACAGACUCCUGCAGUUUUCCUUCAUUCAGCAAAAUGACUGGCUCCGAGCCUUGUCUGAUAAUGCAGUGCAUGGUAUACUGGGAAUGUGGUCCUGGGCCAUAGUGAUUGGCCUGAGGAAGAAAAGUGACUUCACUGAGGUCACUCUGGCUGGCUUCCUCGCCUCUGUCAUUGAUGUGGACCACUUCUUUCUUGCUGGAUCUCUGUCAUUAAAGGCUGCUCUGACUCUGCCACAGAGGCCACUGCUUCACUGUUCUACUGUGAUCCCCGUCGUGGCUCUGACACUGAAGUUUAUCAUGCACCUUUUCAGGCUGAAGGACUCAUGGUGCUUUCUUCCCUGGAUGUUGUUCAUAUCCUGGACUUCUCAUCACGUCCGUGAUGGGAUUCGUCAUGGCCUCUGGAUCUGCCCAUUUGGAAAAACUCCUCCCUUGCCGUAUUGGCUGUAUGUGGCAAUCACAGCGUCUUUACCUCAUCUAUGUUCAUUUAUUAUGUACUUAACAGGCACUAGGGAAUUAAUGUCUAUAAAACAUGGGAUCCGCAUUGAUGUGUAAGAGCGAUGGCUCCUGAAGUCUGUUUGUAUUGGCAGUUGAAACAAGCUUUGUCUAUCACUGGAAGGGUUUCCUUAUGUUUCCUACAACCUCCAAGUUAGACAUUUUCAAGUUGUGGGGCACUUACAGCUCCUGUAUCAAUCCCUUGUGGUCACAGAACCUAUCUAAUGAAUGA